GAUCAUAUGAGUGAACAGAAUGUUUAAAGUAUAAGUAAUUGCUCCUGCCGUCGUUUGCAGUAAGUUAAUCAUAUGCAUACUGCUUGCUUCACAAAGUACCACACCAGCGAUAGGUGAACAGAAUGCUGGCUUACAACACUCAAGGACGUUGCUGAAAAGCUAGGUAUUUGCAGUUCCAACAUGGCAGAAGGGGGUAUGGAAUCGUCCCCGGCAGUCUGCUGUGUUUCUGUACGGAGUUCUCUGCUCUUCCUGCUGUUGUGUCCAUCAGUCCUCUCCCAGCAGGACGUCAGGCCUAACUUCCUACUGUUCAUGGUGGAUGAUUUGGGCUACGGAGACGUCGGCUGUUUCGGGAAUGACACGAUCAGGACACCAAACAUUGACCGGAUUGCCUCUGAAGGAGCAAAGCUGACACACCACCUAGCGGCAGCGUCCAUGUGUACACCUAGUAGGGCGGCAUUCCUGACUGGACGGUACCCCGUCAGAAGUGGUAUGGCAGCUCACCACGGGAUAAGGUAUUUACCUAACAUCGCCAGCACCGGCGGCUUACCUCCCAAUGAAACAACGUUUGCAACUCUGCUCAAGCAGGCUGGAUACGCCACUGCAUUGAUAGGAAAAUGGCAUCUCGGUCUGCACUGCGCAUCUACCGGUGGACUGUGUCACCAUCCUAAUAACCACGGCUUCGACUAUUUCUACGGCACGCCGAUCACUAACUUCCGAGAAUGUGGUGAAGAUGGCGAGAGCAUUUACUACAUGAGCCAUCUUUACGCAAUAUACAAACAGAUCUGCUGGGCGUACCUAGCCGGAGCCGCAUCUUUGCUUCUCAUGAAGUUUCUCGGUAAAAUACACGUUCGCUGGCUGCCGUUGUUGACAUUAGUGACGUUAUGUACAUUAGUUAUAGCCUUUCCAAAAGUCUUCUUGGUUCAGCUUCGGCCGUGGAACUGUCUUCUCAUGGAAAACGAAAAAGUAGCGGAGCAGCCGUACAGUCUGAGAGAUCUCACGCCAAAUCUUGUGAACAAAUCGUUGAAGUUCAUAGAUGAGAACGCGGGCAGGCCGUUUUUCCUCUUCCACUCCUUUCUCAAAGUCCACACCGCUCUCUUUGCUACCAAAGAAUUUGAAGGGAGAAGCCUACACGGUCGCUAUGGCGACAAUAUCGAGGAAAUGGACUGGGCAGUUGGUCGUAUUUUGGAUGCUCUUGAUCAAAAAGGUCUGUCUCACAAAACGUUUGUGUACCUCACGUCUGAUAACGGCGGUCAUGUCGAGGAAAUCUCCGUGAAAGACGGACAAAGGGAAGGAGGCCACAACGGAAUACUAAGAGGAGGAAAAGGCAUGGCAGGAUGGGACGGAGGAAUCAGGAUGCCAACCGUCCUGCGCUGGCCCAAAGACAUCCGGCCCGGCACGGUUGUGGAUGAACCCACCAGUCAGAUGGACGUGUUCCCCACGGUUCUGCGCUUGGCCCAGCUGAACACCCCCGCGGACCGGGUGAUAGACGGCCGUGACCUCAUGCCUCUCCUGACAGGAACCAAAAACCUGACAGACCACCGGUUCCUCAUCCACUACUGUGGGAGCAGGAUACAUGCCGCCCGCUACAGGCCACCUACAGGUGGGUCCAUUUGGAAGGCACACUACGCUACCCCUAAAUGGGACCCUGGAACUGAGGGCUGUUACGAGAUCUUCCUGUGUCAGUGCAGGGGGGAUUACGUCAAUCAUCACGAUCCCCCCUUGCUGUUCGACGUCGCCAAUGAUCCGUUCGAGAGAAGCCCGAUCACACCCGAGAGCGAGCCGAAGUUUGCCGAGAUCAUCUCGACAAUUGAUAAAGGUGUCAAGGAUCACAUGUCGUCAGUAGAACAAGUCGAGAAUCAAUUUUCACUGAGAAAUAUUCUCUGGCGCCCAUGGCUGCAACCAUGCUGUGGUCAUUUCCCCUUCUGUUCCUGCACGGAUGUUGCUUAAUUCUCUAUAUCCAGUUGUGUACAGUUAGUUUUUUGAUUACUAAACUUAAUGUCACACAAUAAUGUGAACGUCAGACAAGUCUUCCACGCCGUCCUGUCACGAGUACUUUUUCGUGAGCAAAACUGUAGGCAAUAACAAAGCUUCUGUACGUUUUUUUCACUGUCACGUGCGGAAAAUCAUUACGAAAUGCACAAACGGUCACUCUGACUCAAGUGUGGGGAAGCUCAGUGGAUUACACUAAUCAGCGCAUGAGGAGAAAGAUAAGAAGUAAAAUAUGAGGGAAGCGGAAACAGCAGGACAACUAGUAUAGUCAUGGCGGUACAAACAGACAUACAACAAGCCAAUAAAGAUAUGACAGGUAAUGUAUUUCGAUGAAGAAUGUGUAUUUGCAAAGACAUUUGUUUGAACUGAUGUCAAUCUCGAUGCCCUUUACAU